UCAGGGUUUAUUUACACUUUUGAACACGUCAACGGUGACUUGAUGAUGCAUUAAACUAAUGGCAGACUCAAUAAAUCCGGAGAAUGAAGGAGAGGAUCUGCAGUCUCAAAUUGAAGAGGUCGAGGCCCUGUCUUCCAUAUAUGGUGAUGAAUGGUGUGUUAUAGAUGAAGCGUCCAGAAUAUUCUGCAUCAAAAUAUCCAGCGACUUGGAGGAGUCGAAGCUGACGGCAUGUCUGCAGAUCAUUCUACCACCUGAUUAUCCGAGUGCAUCACCCCCCAUCUACCAGAUCAAUGCAGCGUGGCUGCGAGGCCCUGAGAGGGCCAAAUUGGCAAACAGCCUGGAAGACCUCUAUGUGGAGCAUGUUGGGGAGAGCAUCCUCUACCUGUGGGUGGAGAAAAUAAGAGAGUUCCUGGUGGAGAAAUCCCAAAGCACAGAAACAGUGGUUCAACAAGAAAAAGUGAAUAUGACGGCUGAGGAGGAGGUGGAUGAUGCUGACGAGGAUGAAGACGUACCUGACUUCAGGACUCUGAAACUGAACACAGAAAAUGCACUUCUGUUCAUGGAUCGUUCAGAUGAUGAAGAGCUGCCUCCAGUCAAACAUGGACAAGCCAUCACAGACCGGCGCAGCACCUUUCAGCCUCAUUUAGCACCUGUGGUGACUCCCAGACAGGUUAAAAUGGUCCUGGGGAAGCUGUAUGAAAACAAGAAAAUUGCAAGUGCCACACACAAUAUUUAUGCAUACAGGAUUCACUGUGAGGACAAGCACAGCUUCUUGCAGGAUUGUGAGGACGAUGGCGAGACAGCUGCAGGAGGGAGAUUGCUCCAUUUAAUGCAGAUUUUGGAUGUGCGUAAUGUCAUGGUGGUCGUGUCUCGAUGGUACGGAGGCAUUUUGUUGGGUCCCGACCGCUUCAAACACAUCAACAAUUGUGCGAGAAACAUCCUGGUGGAGGAGGGAUACACUCCUUCCUUGGAUGAGACCACAAGAUCAGGGGCAAAAACCAGAAGGCCAAAAAGCAAGAAGACAAAGUGAAUUUCAAAAGAAAAGAAAAAGAAGUUUACAGUUUGUUUCUUUUUAAUUAAUUUGAUUUUAAAGGAUUCAAGUGCAUUUAAUAGAUGAAAACAGUGGUAAUUUGCUAUAACAAAUAAUUUAUUUGUAAUACUGAUUCAAAUGUUUAUUUUAAAUUAAUAUUGUUAUUAUCGUCACAAUGAAUCACAUCACAUCCGAUAUUUUUCCAUUAAAACAAUCAAACUAGA